AUGUUAUUGAGAUGUUUUUUGCUGGUGUUUGUAGUAGCUUGUGUUCUGCUUCUGGUGAAAGGUAAGGCAAGGAAUGUGUCGGAAAACUUUUGUCGAUUUCAUCUGAUGACAGAAAUUGACGACUUACAGUGGGGGACCUGAUCCAGUGGCAAAAAACGCACCAUUUUGCAUCCGGGAAGUAUCAAAAAUGUGGCAAAAUGCUUCCCUCUCCAAGUGAAAAAACUCCGAUUUCGAAAGCGCCCUUCAAAACUUUUUUUUUGCCACUGGAUCAGGUCCCUCACUGUAACAUUUCCAGCAGCGCCACAAGUUGAGUUCUACGAUCCGUUGCCUGAGAAAGCCAUUGUGCAUGGUCGUCCGCGAACGCGUCCGAUUCAAUAUGCUGGAGAAAAUGUGAGAGAAAAGAGGUUUUACGAUUAUUACUACGAGUAUGGAGAAUCUGAAGGAGGUGAUUGCUGUCAGAAAAAGAAAAGCUGCUGCAAUAAUGGUGGUGAUGGAGGUGGAGGAGGCGGUGGUGGUGGCGGCGGCGGCGGAGGAGGGGGACCUUUUGGCGGCGGCGGAGGAGGCGGUGGCGGAGGAGGUUAA